AUGGCCGAUGAUGCAAGCUCGACAGACGGCACAAUCAUGACCCUCGUCGAUAGGCGAUUGUCGGGCAAAACUUUGGUUGACUGCAUCGUACCAUACCCAGAAGCCUUCCCCAGGCCUCCUACACGAGAAUGGCUCCCAGCGAACGUACCGGUCGACUUCAAGGGACCCAUCCGCACGCUCUACGCACCGCACGACUCCCCCGCCCAGAUACACCGCCUCCCCUCCGCCGUUCUCGCGCGAGUAUUCACCGCCGGCAUAUUCCGCGAAUGGCGGGAGAUCCAGUCCUUGACGCACGUCUGUCGCAGAUGGCGAAAGCUAGUCCGGGCAACCCCGCAGCUAUGGGCCGAAGCCGUCGCGUCUCUCGUUCAGUCAGGGAACGAGACCAGCUGUGCACGCUAUUUGCAAGACUUCCUGUCUCGAACCUCCGAGGCUCACCCGAUCAAGAGAAUUCCAGCUCUUCUGCAUGGGCAGUCAGCUAUCUGGAAUUGCGUCGUACCCCAUCUUUCAAAGGUAUCAUCGUUGUCGCUCGUCGCCAGCACUGCGGAGGAAGCUAUGAACAUGCUUAGGACGAUCCGCUUGGCACACGUGCGGUCGCUUGCAAGCCUCGAGCUCGUCACGUAUGAUCGGUUGCAGGCCUCAUCCUUCGACAAGCUCUUCCCCUGGAGAGAACAGGAAUUCCCGUGUCUACGGGAGUUGAAGAUAUCUGGUGUCUUCUUCUGCCACGCCAACUCGGUCGCGUCGCUGAGGUCUGUAGACCUGGUUGCCUGGUCCGCUACCGACUACGACUACAAAUAUCUCGACGGCCUCGCGCGGUGCGCAGGCAGUCUUGAAUCACUAUCUCUGCGAGCUUGGUAUAAGCCACUGGAAACGACGCCGAGACGGACUCACCCAGAUCCUCUGCCAUUACCUAAAGUUCGUCGACUAAGCAUCACAGGUGACGCCAAAGUGGUCGAGGAAGCUUUUGCGAGCCUCGCCUUGACGCCGAUCGUACACGUCAGCAUAACGCUGUGGAAGAAGUCCUUCGUUCCAUAUACCAUCCUCAACAUCUUACCGCCGUACCUCGCUGGUUUCCACGCCCCUCCGUUUAUCGACACCCUUCGCAUCCGCUUUGACCACUCGAGACACGUCACCGUGCGUUGUAGCGCGCGCAAUGAGGAGCGACUUACGGUGAACAAAUGCGUCGGCUCUUUGACAGCCUGCAGGAGGUUCACACAGGCCUUCCUCUUGCCUAGCGUCACUGAAUUAGCCAUCAAUGUGACGUCCUCCUGCGAAUUCUUCACGUCUCCUGCGGCUGAUUGCGCCUUUUCCCCGAGGGAUCACCUCAAUCUUCGCCGCUUUGAACUGCUUGGCUCUAACAGGAGAAACUUGAAGUUCCGCGUUUUGGACAGUGUCCUGCGCCAUCAGGUGCAAUACGAUGGUCUCACAACGGAGCGGCUAACGCUCGCAUGGGGGAUCCAUCUCGAGCAUGGCGUAGUCGCGGCCGUAGACGAGCUCGAGAAGCUCAUAGAGGUUCUCACCACCCGCAUCGCGAGCGAUGGGACACAGCUCGCAAGGCUCGAGAUCUGCGUCACUACCGCCAUGGACCUCGACAGGUACAGGGCGUACUACGCGAUUCGCGACCUCUGUCCUGAUCGUGUCUGGAGCCGGCGAGUAGCGAGGAGGUUCUUGCCGAAGCUCGAGCUGCUUGCGGAAGAUGUAGUAAUCCUUGGUGAUUGGGAGGAGUACGCCGAGGACAUCGACGAGGAGGACGAGGCGUAUUGCGGCGGAGGCGUCUGGAGGGAGGCUGCCGUCAAGGACGCGAGCUGGGACUGGGGCGGCGGCGAUGUCGUGGCCACUCGGUACACGCCCGAUUCACAUCUGUGCCGGGACUGCGACUGCCAACGAUUUGGGGUUAGAGACGUGGACCUCGAAUCUGAAUCCGAAUCCGACACCGAUUAGGACUCACAGCUAUAGAGGUAGAAGAGAGAUCCCAUGCAACGUAUCAAAAUUACUCGGUCAGCACAGGUAGCAUAUCCCUUGGGCUCGUAAGACAAGGAAUGUUCAUAGCUCGAAGCUGUCCCAUCGGCCCAGGACUCGGAGAGGAAGCAGUUGGACUCGUUACACGAUACAAGAAGGAAGUAUGAGUCUGCGCUCAAGGACGCGAUUAGUUUCUACCGUUAUAGUCGCAUCCAGGUCUGUCUAGCGGACACAGGUAUGAUAUGAGGGUCUUUUGGAACCUGGAGGUGACAAGCAGAGUCUGAGUACGUUGCGCGAGUCGUUGUUCAUUGCCGUCACGUGAUUGUCGGUGGCGGUGAUAGGGUUCCCACGGAAUUGAUUGC